UUUUAAAUCCUACUGGCGACCAGCCGAGCAACACAUGCGACGUACCGAACAAGAGCCAUCUAUAUCUCCCGUCUUCAGCAUACCACAUAGACUUUGCGCAAGGGAACGAAGAUAAACCUAAUGGCUCAUCCUCAGAAGCCAUUUUCAAGGAUUUGCUGUCAAUUGAUUAAGCUCCUAAUUCCACCUAAGUCAAAACCAGAAACCGUUUCCACGAUUUAUAUAUGCAUCACUUGCUACGAGCUAUAUCGCUACCGCAACAUACUCAAGAAGCAUGUUGAAAAUGGCCAUUUACCCGACCGGUUGCCACCAACUUGUGUUUGUGGUCGGUUGGUUUGUUCUCGGGACGAGUACUUACUGUGCUUCAGCAACCAUUGCAUGGACGAAGCCAACCGCACCGCGAUGGAGGGAGAAGACAUGCAAGACUCAGCAUAUUGGACUGCCUCGGAUUCACAACGUCGUACACUUGAGAACAUCAUGGGAUCCUUUAUUUCCCGAAUCAACCAGGAAUUUCCUGGACUUGCGCAUAAGCUUAUUCACCGCUUAGCUCGUGCCCAGCUUCGUCAUUUUGGGAGAGUCAUCGGAAAUAUGAAGGAGCAUACACAAGCGCUUGGACCUGAUCAUUGCCAGGCUGGGGAUCGUUGUUUUCUGAAAAGCCUUCCCACUCUGAUCGUCAAGGCCUCCCAAGGUAAAGCAAUUAUUAACGCACCUUCUUUCUCGUCAUCCCUGGCAAAAUUGCCCGCUAUUUUCGAAUGCCCAUACUGUUUGCAGACUCGAGUAUUCAGGACAACAUCGCAGUGGAGGGAUCACAUUUGUGAAGAUAUGGAACUAUUCGAUUGCACUUUUCCGGAUUGUAACGGCUGCGUGAAUCAAACGCAGUGGUUCCGCCAUGUCCCAGGCGAGCGUCAUGAGAUUUAUCUUCCCAAGGGUACUUAUUUAAAAAGCUGUCGACCUUUUACAAGAGGAAAACUGGGAUGAGCUUCUCAAAUUCCCUCCUUAUAGUAAGUCAAACCUCUAAAACUUGUUGAUCGCCAACUAACAUUCUGUAGCCGACCAAGGAUAUAAGAACUGGGAUUGAUUGCGACCGCGCACAAGUACCUGAAGACUCCCAGAUUCAACGGUCUCGAAUUUUCGAUCAGGCCAACGGUCAAAAUUCGGCUUGAUGAAACGGUG